CCAUCGGGACUGCCAUGACGUCGGCGGCGGCCGCGUCACCCCCUAUCCUUUCUUUUCUCCUGCCCCCCGACCCCGGAACCGGGCGAAAGCAGGAAAACCACAGGACAGCCCACCAAGAGUGCCCCGGAAGACGCUGCCUUUCGCAUCCGGGUCAGAGGCGUUGUUGUUGCCGUCUUUCCAGCGGCAGCUCAGGAAAGUUUCUGGCAGGAGCUUAGUAAGGGAGCUGAGGCGGCGCGGUGUUGUUAUUAUUAGGACGAGCAGUCUUGGCGUCUUUGCCUGGGGCGCCGAAGUCGGAGGCGCUGUCCAAAAUUAUGAAACCGACCCUAAGCGUGCUUAGUCGGAAGUAAAGCCGUCUGAGUCCAAUGGAACUUGCUUUGUCAAGUAAAUGUGCUGCCUUGUUAUUGAAGCCUGUUCCUAGGCAUGCUGUUUCGGUGGCCUGGUCAUUUUCAACAAACAACAAAAGAUUACUCGGGAGUUCUUUUAGCUUCUUUGGUGGCUGUAGCACUUGGACUAGGUUUGGGACUUGGGCUAAGGAAAACAGCACAAGUGAGCUGCAGAUACAGAUGCAAUGAGACAUUCACUAAAGAGGCAAAUGGCUGUAGUUGUGACGACAAAUGUACAGAACGUCAAGGCUGCUGCUGGGAUUAUGAGGCUACCUGUGUUGAACCAACUUGGAGUUGGUAUUGUACUAAAUCACGCUGCGGUGAGACACAAAUGGCCAGAAGCUUCUGCUCUUGUUCUGAAGACUGCUUGGCGAAAAAAGAUUGCUGUGUAAACUACAAAAGCGCCUGUAAAGAAGAAACACCCUGGGUGAAAGACACAUGUGCCUCUUCUAACACUCCUCAGUGCCCAACAGGGUUUGAUCAGUCACCGCUUAUUCUUUUUUCAAUGGAUGGCUUUAGGGCAGAAUAUUUGCAAACUUGGAGUGCUUUACUGCCAAAUAUUGAAAAGCUCAAAACAUGUGGGACACAUUCAAAGUACAUGAGAGCUGCUUAUCCAACCAAAACCUUCACAAACCACUAUACUAUUGUCACCGGUUUGUUCCCAGAAUCCCAUGGCAUCAUUGACAACAAUAUGUAUGAUGUAGAAUUAAAUCAGAACUUUUCACUUUCUUCAAGUACCAAGUCAAAUCCUGCCUGGUGGAGUGGUCAACCUAUUUGGAAUACAGCAAUGCUUCAGGGUUUGAAAGCUGGCACCUACUAUUGGCCUGGAUCUGACGUAAAAAUCAAUGGAACAUUCCCUAAUUUAUAUAAGUUGUACAACAAAUCAGUUAUAUUUGAAGCAAGAGUUACAGAAUUGCUGCAGUGGCUCGAUCUUCCGAAAUCUGAAAGACCUGAUUUCUAUACAUUGUACAUUGAGGAACCUGACUCUGCUGGACAUUCAUUUGGACCACUUAGUGGUGAAACAAUUAAAGCUUUACAGCUGGCAGAUCGGACCCUGGGAAUGUUAAUGGAAGGCCUACGACAAAGAAACCUGGACAACUGUGUCAAUCUCAUUGUUCUAGCUGAUCAUGGCAUGGACAAGACAUUCUGCAACCAGAUGGAAUAUAUGACAGAUUAUUUCAGUAAAGCUGAUUUUUAUAUGUAUGAAGGACCAGCACCGCGUAUCCGAACAAGAAAUAUUCCAAAGGACUUUUAUUCAUUUGAUUCAGCAGGCAUUGUUAAAAAUCUUACAUGCAGAAAGCCAAACCAGCACUUCAAAGCCUACUUAACUCCAAAUUUGCCCAAGCGAUUGCACUACGUUAACAAUAUUCGUAUUGACAAAGUUCAUCUUAUGGUGGAGCGGCAGUGGUUGGCUGUGAGGUCUAAAACAUACACAUAUUGUGGCGGUGGUAACCAUGGCUAUGACAAUGAAUUCAAAAGUAUGGAGGCCAUCUUUAUAGCCCACGGGCCAGGAUUUAAAGAAAAAACUGAAGUGAAGCCUUUUGAAAACAUUGAGGUUUACAACUUAAUGUGUGAUCUGCUUAAGAUUAAGCCAGCAGCAAACAAUGGUACACACAGUAGCUUGAAUCACCUUCUGAAGACACCUUUUCACAAUCCAUCACCUGCAAAAGAGGAGUCACUUCCUUCUUCGUGCCCCAUGAGUCCCUCUUCAUCUCCAAAUGUUUCAGGAUGUGUUUGCAGCUCAAUAACAGAUUUAGAUGCAGUGAAUCAAAGAUUAAACCUCAGUAAAGAAGCAAGGGCGGAGGCAGAAGCUUUCAAUAUGCCUUAUGGUAGACCUCAUGUUCUACAGAAGCAGAAUACCUAUUGCCUCCUUUACCAGAAUAAAUACAUGAGUGGAUACAGCAAAAACAUCUGGAUGCCAUUAUGGAGUUCAUAUACUAUCAACAAGCCACCGGGAGAUGCACCUUCUCUUCCUCCCACUGCUCCAGACUGUCUGCGGCCUGAUGUAAGAAUCCCUGCAGCUCAGAGCCAAAACUGCUCCAACUACCAGCCAGACCUGAACAUCACCCACGGUUUCCUCUACCCUCCCAACUUCAAUUCAUCUGCUCUUGAACAAUAUGAUGCUUUACUUACCAGUAACAUUGUUCCCAUGUACGCAGAAUUCAAAAGAUUAUGGGAUUAUUUGCAUGAUUCGCUACUUCCAAAAUAUGCUAUAGAGAGAAAUGGACUAAAUGUGAUCAGUGGACCUAUUUUUGAUUAUAAUUACGACGGACACUUUGAUUCCCUUGAUAUCAUAACACAGCAUGUAAACAAUACACAAAUCCCCAUCCCAACUCAUUACUUUGUCGUGCUGACCAGCUGUGAGGAUCAAGCCAACACUCCAGUGAACUGCUCAGGCUCACUGAAUGUUUUGUCUUUUAUUCUUCCUCAUCGUCCUGACAACACUGAGAGCUGUGCUGAUGGGAAACCGGAGUCCCUGUGGGUUGAAGAAAGAAUUCAGGCUCACGCAGCACGUGUCCGUGAUGUGGAGCUUCUGACAGGACUGGAUUUUUACCCAGGGAGAAAACAACCUUUCCCUGAAAUCCUACAACUGAAGACAUUUUUGCCAACAUUUGAAACGGUUAUUUAUUGAGGAUGUUUAAUUUAUUAGGAAAGCAGCAAUUUGUUAAAUAAGCUCCUUCCUUGCUAAUGGGAAGAACCCUUUGGAAGCACAAUCCACAACAAACAGACCUAUGUAUGUUGAUUCAAAA